AUGUCGAAAUCUCUAGCACAUGGUGGCAGAUCACAACCUGCCUCCCAAACUUCAUGGGCGAACAAAGUUCGUGUUUCUGACUCCAGUACAAGGUUCACUCUAGAACCCCUCUCACGUCAACCACUUGGCCACAAGCUUGUAAUCUCAGCAGACAUGCUACUGGACAAUGCAGAUCAAUGGAAUAGAUGCAUGGUAGGGUUUUUUCCUGGGUUUCGUAUGCCAUACCAUGCUGUUAAUACCAUCGCAUCCCGAGUUUGGAGACAAUGUGGCUUGGAAAAUGUCUCAACAACUUCCAAUGGUUUCAUGAUUUUUCGGUUUACAACUGAAGCAGAGAUGCAUGCCGUUCUUGAGAAGGGACCUUGGAUGUUUGGUGGGAAAAACAUUGUGUUGCAACAAUGGCAUCCUAGGUUUCAGUUUGACAAAAACAACAUAUCCACGCUACCUGUUUGGGUUCGCCUGCAUGGUUUGCCGUUCCCUUUAUGGUCAAAGUCAGGAUUGAGCAUGACUGCUAGUAUGGUUGGGAGGCCCCUCUCCUGUGAUGAAUCUACCUACACCUGCACCAGAUUGGACUAUGCCCGAGUAUGUGUCGAAGUCGAUGCUUCACUCCCGUAUGUCCAUGAAUUUGAAAUUGAUAGCCCUUUAACUUCUGAGCCUAUUACAGUUAAGGUUGAUUAUGAAUGGAAACCAUCCAGGUGCGGAAAAUGCCACAUUUUUGGCCACUCUUGUCCCAUCCAACCACCUCCACAAUUGAACAAAGGUAAACUGCCUGUAACAGACACUAUUCCAUUACCCACCCCUGUCUUUGUUCAGCCACAGAUGCAGCCUUCCACCAGUGCUCUUCCAAUACCAAUACCACCAGUUCCACCAAAAGCUAUUUCUAGCCUUAGCCCACCUCCCAUUCCUCCCCUAAUUGUUUCAUCUAUUCCACCCUUGCCUUCUUCCCCUACAGAAGCGGUAGUUGCACCACCAUCACUGUCUACUGCCCAUGCAGAACCAGUAGUUGCACCACUAUCCCCUCCAAAUAUCCCUCCUCAGAAUAUCCCCCAUUUACCUUUGCCCACCUCAGAAGAAACUCUGCCCCUUGCUGUCGUUACCACAAACCUUAACACUCAGCACCAACCUGUUCUAGACACCACCACUUGUCUGGAAAGUAAGAUGGCUUCUUUACAAAGCCACAGUGAAUCUUCCUCUGCGAUGGAGACUUCAACUGCCGAAACUGCAUCUCUCCCCUUCAGUGAGAGUCAAGAUGAAUCUCCCAACCCUUCACCAAAAACAGUCCGGAAGAAAAAAGGUGGCAGGAAACGUAGCUGGAAUAUUUGGGGACUCAACAAUCUCCAAACACAAAAAGCUGUCCAGGAAUGGACAACAAAAAACAAUUUAGAAAUCUUUGGUUUACUGGAAACUAAGAUAGCCUCCUCAAACCUAUCAGCCGUGACAUCCAAAUUAGGUCUCCCACACUGGCACUACACUUCCAACAUUGAUUACUCCACUAGUUGCCGUAUUCUAGUUGGAUGGAACCCCCACAAAAUUUCACUCACUUGUGUCAAUGCUUCUUCUCAGUGGUUAACAUGUGAGAUCACAACCCAGAGCUUGCUUGUCCCAUUAAGAAUCACAUUUAUUUAUGGCCAAAAUACUCCUGCUGCUCGAACACUCCUGUGGAACCACAUCUGUCAAGAGAGUUCUCUGACGGCUUGCGUUCCUUGGCUUGUCCUGGGGGAUUUCAAUGCAAUAUUGCAUGCUGGUGAUCGUUCAGGUGGGGAUAUCAAUUGGUAUCAUCAUCAAAAUGACUUCAGCAAUUGUAUUCGCCAAGCGGAGCUCAUCCAAAUGCCUUACACAGGGCUAAAAUUUUCAUGGCAUAAUGGACAGCAAGGCGAGCACACAAUUCAGAAAAAAUUGGAUUGGAUAUUUGGUAACACUUGUUUGUUUUCUACCUUUCCUACAGCUCAUUCUAUUUUCAUGCCAAGGCUAAUCUCUGAUCACAGUGCCAUGCUAUUCCAUUUUACUAAUCCAACAUCAAUUAGGCCGCGACAUUCUCCAUUCAAGUUUUUAAAUGCUUGGACUGACAGGGCAGACUUUAUGGAUCUUGUUAGCACUUCAUGGAAUUCUCAGGUUAAUGGUAAUCCUAUGUACAAGUUUACAACCAAGCUUUGUAUUUUAAAGACUGCCCUUCGCAAUCUUCAUCAUCAACAUACAAACAAUAUUGCUGGUAAAGUGGCCCAAGCUAAAGUUACAUGGCAGGAUGCACAAUUACACUUGGAUAGCAACCCGACGUCCACUGAGGCUAAAGACAGAGAAAGGGCACAAGCCACUCUCUAUAUGCAACUUUGUAAGGAUGAGGAGUCCUUACUCAAACAGCGGUCCAGAAUUAAUUGGCUGCAGCUAGGUGAUCGCAAUACAAAGUUCUUCCAUAACUCCUUAUUGCACCGCCAAGUCAGAAACUGGAUUCAUAGUCUGCAGACCUCAACAGGUUCCAUCAUCACUGAUCAGCAGGAUAUGGGCAAGCUGGCAUCCUCCUACUAUGAGACUCUCUUAUCAGCUCCUCAGCCUUCCCUCCCUGGGCCAAUGCAACAUUUAUAUUCUAACAUCAUCUCGGAGGAUUCAAGAUUGUCUUUAAAUCUUCCCAUCACGGAUGAGGACAUCAAGGCUGCACUGUUCUCCAUUCCUGACAAUAAAUCCCCUGGGCCUGAUGGCUAUAAUGCUUAUUUCUUCAAGCACUGUUGGAGCAUUAUUGGAACCGACUUUCUUGCAGCGGUAAGGUAUUUUUUCACCCACAACUGUCUGCCUCGAUGUGUAAAUGCUACACGCAUAGCCCUGGUACCUAAAGUUGAGAAUCCAUCAUGCAUGAAUGACUUUCGGCCAAUCUCCUGUUGCACUGUUAUAUAUAAAUGUAUCUCCAAAGUCAUUGCAAUUAGGUUGAAGGCAGCACUUGCGGAGGUAAUAGGGCCAUCACAGUCAGCUUUUCUCCCAGGACGCAAUAUUUCAGACGCUAUUCUUCUCACUCAAGAGCUCAUGCACAAUGCUCAUCUCAACACAGGGCCCUCUCGUUGUGCUCUCAAAGUUGACCUAAAAAAAGCUUUUGACACUGUGAGUUGGGACUUUGUAUUGGCAGGGCUAGAUGCCAUUGGCAUCCCUCAACAUAUGGUACAUUGGAUCCGACUCUGCAUCUCUACAGCACACUACUCAGUCAACCUUAAUGGUGAACUACAUGGUUUUUUUAAAGCUUCCAGGGGUAUUCGACAAGGAGAUCCCCUCUCCCCAUACCUUUUUGUUUUGGCAAUGGAAGGGCUGGAGGGACUCAUUAAACAAGCCACACAACAUGCGGAUUUCAAGUAUCAUUGGCGUUGUGCUGCAACUAAACUCACACAUAUUUGUUUUGCAGAUGAUCUUAUGCUCUAUUGCCACGCAGAUACUGCUUCGGUUUCUAUUUUGAAGUCCUGUUUGGACACUUUUUCUGCCAUCUCAGGCCUUACCAUCAAUCAAACAAAGAGCUCUCUCUUCUUGUCCGGUGUUGAUAGGGACACUCGAGCUAGUAUCAGCAAUCAGCUUGGCUUCCAACAAGGUGUGCUUCCAGUCAGAUAUUUAGGGGUUCCCCUAAUCUCUACAAGGCUUAAACAUGAUGACUGCAUUCCCCUACUAGAGCGCCUCACAUCCAGAAUCAAGCUUUGGACAUCCUCAUCAUUAACAUAUGCAGGACGCCUCCAGCUUAUUAAAUCAGUCUUGUUUUCCAUUCAAGUUUACUGGUCUUCAAUGUUCAUUCUUCCCUGCUCAAUCAUCAAGAAAAUUGAAAGUAUUUUCUCUGCCUUUCUAUGGAAAGGGGCAUCGUUGUCUCCUGUGGGUGCAAAGGUGGCUUGGCAAAGUAUUUGCUAUCCAUUAAGAGAAGGGGGCCUUGGCAUAAAGAAUUUAAAAACGUGGAACCAGGCAGCAACAUGGAAACAUAUCUGGCGGCUACUAAUAGAUAAGGAGUCUCUUUGGACAGUGUGGAUCCAUACAGUCCUUCUGCGUAAUAGAUCUUUUUGGCAUAUCAAUAUUCCAUCUAAUGCUACAUGGUCCUGGAGAAAGAUUCUUCAAAGCAGAGAAAGCUGUAGAAGUUUUUUCAUUACACAAAUUGGCAAUGGCUCAUCCACGUCUCUUUGGUAUGACUACUGGUUACCGGAUGGCAAAAGAUUAAUUGAUCUCCUUCCCCUGCGUAUACUCACCUUUACAGGGCUCUCAUGGAAUUCAAAGGUUUCUCACAUUAUCCAUGAUGGUGGCUGGAACUUCCCUAAUAUUCCUGCCCUUCAACCAACAUGGAAUACCAUAACUUUCACCCCCCUUCUUGACCGCGAGGAUCAAUGUCUCUGGCGCUUACACCCUUCAGGCGCAUUCACAAUCAAAUCUGCAUGGGACUUCCUUCGGGCAAAAAAACAAGUCAACAACUUGUAUCAUCUAUUUUGGUUCAAAGGCCAUAUACCCAGACACUCAUUCAUCAUGUGGUUAGCUAGUAUUGGCCGGCUACGCACGAUGGACAGAUUACAUGGGAGGGUAACUAGUACAACUUGCAUCCUGUGUGGUCUUCAUAUGGAAACUCAUGACCAUCUCUUCUUUGAAUGUUACUACACCAAUCUAGUCUGGAUGUCUAUUUGUCAUAAAGCCAACAUGCAUUGGCCUCGCCAACCAUGGACGCAGUUGCUUCAAUGGACAGCUUCUUACUACAAGCAGAGGAAUGAUAGUGAACACAUGAUAGCCUGCCUUCUGUUAUCCACCACGGUUUACUUCCUCUGGUUUGAAAGAAACAACCGUGUGUUCACAAACACUGCAAAAACAUAUCAGACGACUGUGGAGACUAUUUACCAGCAGAUUCGAACUCACAUUGCUCACAUGGAUAUUGCUUGCACCUUCCCAGCAAGGAUUCGAGCUAUUUGGAAUCUUCAACCUGACUAA